UGGGAAAGAGAGAGAGAGAAAAGCUGCAUCGUCGCGACGACGUCCGUGAUGUGCCCGGACGCGACAGAAGCGCGACCGUCCUCGGUGAGAAACCGUUCCCGCGUCCUCUGAGAUCAGCAGCUCGCACUCGCCUCGCUCGGCCUCGCUUCGCGGUCACUUCGUCGUCCGCUCUCUCCGUCAUCCACGGGAUCGCCUUCCGCGCCCGUUCGCGCGAGCACAGUACUUCCCGAUACGUCGCUGCGCUCCCGCCGCGGCGGCGAGAGCAAUCAGCUGUUGUGGCUGUCCCGUGUACGGUACCCGACAAUCCGCGCCCGAGGUCGGUCGUGCGGGGUGUGACACCGUGACUCCGCGACGUCUUCAGGCGAAACGUCCCACGAGGUGCGACGGGGCUUACCCCGAAAGGGAAAAGAGAGAAUCGUCAGGACGAUGAUACGGUCAACGGUGAAGAUCGUUUAAUGGAGUCGCUUUAGGAGGUGUACGGUGCACGUGGACGCACGUGCGGGCGGCAACGUCGAGGAUUAUGACGCACGGCGUAAACGGUUGCCGACGCGCGUGCUACAACUGCCGGCCACACUGUGUGAACGCGCCAUGUACAUAUGAUCAUCCGGGUUCAUGCGUUCCCUCACUGUCAGCGGCGCGGAGCGACCGACGACGGGCGCGGAAGGCGGCCCUCCGCCGACGACGGCGAUCGACGGCGAUCAAGCACGGCAAGCACGAGCCUCUGCUCUGUCGUCGUCUACCGUGACCGGCGGCGACGCACGGGGGAUGCCCAGCCUACACUCGCUCGUCCUCAGACGAGCACCGUUAACGGACAUGGGUACCGCGACCAGUUCAGUAACGUCCGUUAAUCCGCCUGCUAAGAUCACGCAGUCUAAUCAGAAGAAGAUCGACAAGGCCAAACUCAGCGGCAUCAAGCUACCCUUGUUGCGCAAGGAGACGAGCGUGGUGAAUCUCUCGUUGACAGAGAGAACGGCACCGGGGAGUAGAGAGGCGGAUGCGCCUCUGCUGCGACCCGAGAGCAGUGCUAGUCUAGAAGUACGCGGUGGCGGUGGCGGCAGCAGUGGCAGUUGGAUCAGCUUAGGUCCUGGUGCACUGAGGAAGUGCGAGACCGCGGUGGGCCUGAGCACCUCGGCUCUGGAGGGAAGACCCAUUAACCGCAGCAGGGUCUGCUCCCGCUGCUCCAGCUUGUUGUCCCUGGCAUCUAGCUCGCGUUACAGUCUGGCCGCUGGCAACUUCAUCCCUGCCAGCUCGCAGCAGACGAUUGGACGAAUAUUCUGUAAACUGUGUCUCGUUGAUACCUCCCUCUCCAAAACAUUCAAGAUUGAGGGCUGUGGUUGUUCCUACUGUAAAGAUUGUAUGCGUGCCUAUGUGGAGUUUGAGAUCGAGGAAGGCGCGUACGAGAUUAGUUGCCCCGAUGCUCAGUGUGAUCACGGCGCCAUACUUUCCCUGCAAGAGAUAUCGAGUCUCAUCAGUCCUGAGCUCAUGGAGAAACACUGCAAGUUUCGUUUAAACAGAGAUGUAUCGAUGGACAAGGGACGUGCAUGGUGUCCACGAGCGGGUUGUGAAACGAUAUGUUCAAUAAACGGUAACAGCGGCGGCGGCACACCUCUGGGCCCGGUUCACUGUCCCAACUGUUCCACGGACUUCUGUUCAAUAUGUCGCGAACCUUGGCACAACGGCCCGUGUUCAGAUCUUCCGUUAGGGAUACCGUUCGGUAGCGAUCACAUUAAAUGCUGUCCUAUGUGUUCCGUGCCGAUAGAAAAGGACGAAGGUUGUGCUCAAAUGAUGUGCAAGAGAUGUAAACACGUAUUUUGCUGGUACUGCUUAGCAUCCUUAGACGAUGACUUUCUGUUGCGACAUUACGACAAGGGACCAUGUAAGAAUAAAUUGGGCCAUUCACGUGCAUCCGUGAUAUGGCAUCGAACGCAAGUUAUCGGGAUCUUCGCUGGUUUUGGCCUACUCCUACUUGUCGCAUCGCCCUUGCUAUUAUUAGCGGCACCUUGCAUCGUAUGCUGUAAAUGUCGCGUUUGCGGUUCUUCCAGACUUGAGCAGGAGGAAGGCGACACGGCAACAUAGAACCUUCCAAACUUUUCGAUCGAUUUUUCGCUUAACUGUUUUUUUUUUUUUUUUUUUUUGAGCGUAAAAUAAACACCUUUCCUAGACUUCUAUACAUAUAUAGAAGGCAGUAUAUUGGCAACUUAUAUAGAUAUACAUUGCAUUUGUUUCGUUAAGUUUACGUUUUGUUUUAUUUCUCUGUUACGAGACAGAUAUUGGGACUAGGAAGAAGAGCAGAAUGCAUAUUUCUUGUCAGUCAUGCGUAUUGUGAUUUAUUAUAUAUUUAUAUAUUAUUUAGACAUACUGAACAGAAUGAGAAUGCUGUAAUUCACAUAGUUAUAAUGUAAUUGUUUUCCGAUAUUUUAUACAGUCACUUACGAAUUUUUUGUAUGACGUAAUUGAGUUUGUAAAAUAAUUUUUGUAAUGACCCGUGUAACAAUUGUAUGAUUUUGAACAAGUCAAAGCUGAUUUUACGAAUACUCAUAAUGAAUUCUUAUUUACAAGAACAUUCCAGAAAUUUAUUUACAUAUAUAUUAUCCAUGAAUUUUACUUUGAAAAAUACAUCGUACAAAUAUUUGCAUUGCAAAUUAUGAACUUGUUUUUGUUUAUUUCUUUACUAGAAGACGUAACUUUAGAAGGAUUUUUUAUAAUCUCUCAGGAUAAGGAUGACAAAAAGCAUCGAAAUUAUUAUUAGAUUAUGAAAAUUCAAUAUUUCAGAAUUAUAAUUAUGAAGAGUAACUGAAUAAUUGAAUUAAUCUAUUUUAGAACACAGUGUAUAUCUAUAUGCGUGCCCAACGAAUUAUUGUGUAAAAUUCAGCUCUAUAUUCUUAUCGAGAAAUGGAUCUUAAUUAUGAAGUAUUAGAUUGUACAAUAUUUUGUUCUUGUUAUUUUAAUUUAUGGGUGCUUUCAUGUUUACAUAUAUAUUAUAUAAUAGUUUUUGGUGAUUUAUAUAAUCGCAUGUACAUUACAUGUACAUUAAUUUAGCGCAAGUAAAACUAGCAAGUAAAGAUAAAAUUCUCUCUCUCUCUCUCUAUUACAUAAAACGAAGUAUCUCAAACAAUUAUGCAUUUUAUCAUUGAAAUUGAGAGAGUGCUGUUGUUAUCAUGUAUUUAACACGUUUGUUAUCGAGCGAUGUGUAAGCUGUGCAGUUAAUGUUUGACAUUAAGAAUCUAUAGAUCAAUAUGUGCCAUGUAAUUGUGGGAUUCUACAGAAAGAGUGUUCUUCGGAAGCUCGAAAUACAUCCGCAACGAAGACGAAUUCGAAACGUGUUAACUACAUUCACAAUAAUCACACCUACUAUGCAUUAUAAAUGAAAUUUAGAUUGUUAAAGAUCACGAAUAUGAAUAAUAAUCAACUUUGGACAAUAGUUAUGUGUUAUCUCCGAGGGACAAGCUCUUAUCACAAACAAUUAUAAGUGAUAUGGAUAUUGAGCAAGCAGGAAAUAUAUAUAUAUAUAUAUACAUAUAUAUAUAAUGAACGCUUAAAAGGCGAAAGAGAUGGGAAAAUGUUAUAUUUCGAGGUUCGACAAAACGAUGCUUUUCUCGUAAGCGCAGUGCGAUAUAGCGAACAAUUGCGUUAUAUAUGAUACAUAUAUAAGUUACUGCGUAAACGGUUUUCACUAUUUUACGUCAGAACUGUCAAAAGUCUCUCAUUUGUUGUAUUAUUAAUAUCGUAUGUAAAUACAUAAAAGAACACGUAUACAUACACAUGUACAUAUGUGUAUGUAUAACUAUGCAUUUGAGUGUGCGUGCACUCGUGUGUCAAAAAAUAAAAACUAAGAGUACUA